CCGCAACCAACCCCAAAACAGCCAAUACAAUGUAUACGAUGACCGGACGAUGGUGGCUCGCCAGCUUACGCAGCCUCACCGUCCUAUCCGAAGGCAUCGCUCUUAUUGGCUACAAUUCGAAAGCACAGCCUCCACAGCCUGCCAUAACACCCUAUCAUCUCGUCAGGCGUCCAGUCUCACAACCAGCCUUGAAGCUCCCCAAAAUCGGGCAGAAGCAGGCUGAAAGGCAUAUAGUAGUACCGUCGCGCGCUUGAUUUCACGACUAAUCUUUACACGUUCACACAGUAAACAGUAUCUAGGUACCACUGAAUCACGAAAUAUCUGAGAUGGGUAUCCCUACUACUCCGCAAGAAGCAGCACCCGCAUACGAAGAAGUAUUCAACGACCAUCCUGUGAACCGAUGUGCGCCCUCGGGAUCAGCUUCAGCUUACGCAACUCUUCCCCAAACCGAUGACCACGAUAUUGAACUUCAUGCUCAAUCUCACAACCAUACAAGUUCCUCGAUCGCAGCACCCGCCAUCUCUUCUUCUCCAGAGACAUUGGCACAGACAAUCACCAACUUUCUACGACCUAAUCCCGAGCCACACACGCAUUGCGAGGUAUGUGACAACCAAGUUCAAAUCGAGGCGAGGCGGAGGCGGGAGGGUGAGAAGUACUGUUGUACCAUGGUCGCAGCGACUUUCAUGACAUUAUUUGUAUGUGGCAUGUUGUUGGGAGUGUCAAUCGUUGCCAUGGCGGCGAAGAGAAAGACGUCUGAGGACUAAGAGAAUAUGGCCUAAUCGUGCGACUGAGUACUUAGGUAUAUAGUAUUCUCGAUAAUCUAAACUUCCGGAACUUAAUACGAUCUAAGUCAAAGAACUCUAC